GCUUGCACGUAAGUAAUACCCACACAUAUAUUUAUCCUUUUUUCUUUCUUUCUCUUUUUCGCUUUUUUUAAAUUUAAAAUAAAGAAAUAACUCAAAAGCUCUUCACAUAUCCAUCCAUAUAUAUUGUAGAUAUCUAUCUGCAAAUAGAACUCAUGUUUCUUUGUUUCCAAUUGUAGAACAACACAACCAUCCUUUGACAAAACAACUUUCUUUCUUGUGUGUUUCUCUUAUGUUCAAAGAGAUGAAUCUGAAUCUGAAGCAAAUGGGCAACAUGAUCUAUGAAGAUCCAACAGGGAUCCAAGAAGAAGACAUUGUUCAAGGAGUUUCAAGAACAUUCUCUGAGGAAGAAGAAGAUUCAUCAUCUUGUUCAUUAUCUUCUUCCAUGUGUUCUUCAUCUGAUUUAACAGAGGAUGAUGAUGAUGAUGUUUCUUCAUCUUCUUCUAAUGGACCUCUUGAAGAUCUCUCUGACCUCAUGUCACAUCUCCCAAUCAAGAGGGGAUUAUCAAAGUUCUAUGAAGGAAGAUCUCAAUCAUUCACAUCACUAGCAAAUGUUAAAAGCCUUGAAGAUCUUAUGAAGAGAGGGUUUAAAAAUAGAAACUAUGGAGCAAAAAGAAAGUCAUCUAGGAGUACUGGAGGGAUUUUAGAUCAAAGCUAUAAAAGGGUUUAUAGUCCUAGAGCUACAAUCUCCAAGAAACCCAACAAAACACCUUCCUCUGCUCUCUCUUGUCUUGCCAGAAGAAGACCUUAGAUCUCAGACAAAUAUUAGACUUUUUUCUUCUUCCAAGUUUUAACCCUUUUUACGAUUCACCAUAAUCGGUUUCAGUAACAUAACAAGGGAAUAAAACAUUGUAGCAUUCCACUGUCUUAAUUUGUAGAAUAGACUUGUUUACACUUUUUUUUUUUGGCUGUUUGGUUGUAUGUAUCAAAGCUUGUAAACAGGAGUGAUUCAGAGAAGGUGGAAGCAUUUCCGCAUAACUAUGGCUGUUGCUUUACAUAGUAAGAGUCGGCUUGUCUCUUGUUCCGAACCAGUAACCUGACAAAGUUUUAUA